AUGCAUCCGACCUUGCUGCUGCUCUUGCUGGUCACCUGCUUGCUCCUCCUCCAUCUCCGUGGUCGUGUGAGCGCCGACUGCGAGCCAGCGACAUGCGGGAACCUUACCCUCAGAUACCCAUUCUGGCUCGGCAGCGGCAACCAGACCUUGUCACCAUGCGGCCACCCGGCCUUCGAGGUCUGGUGCAACGACGACGGCGGGAGCGUGGCCUCACUGAAGGGCUCCUCCAUCCACGUCCUUGGCGUCGACUACGCUAACAACUCCUUCGUUUGUUCUCACACAAGGAUCGCCUCCGGCGACGACGGCGUGUGCAGCACCGACUUCAACAUGUCGGUCAGCAUCGCGCUGAGCCCGUUCACGAUUAGCCCCCGGAACCGUGCCCUGUGCUUCCUCUCCAAGUGCGACGGCUCGGCCCCGAGCGGGCCGGGGUUCGUGAACGCCACCUCGAACUGCAGCGCCCCCAUCUACGCGUACCUCGGCGGGACCUACUACUGGGACAGGCCCCCGGCGAUCGCGACGGGCCGGUGCGAGUACUCGUACAUCCCGGUGCUGGGGCGGGAGGCGGCGGCCAUGACGGCGGCCAACUAUAGGCGGCUGCUCAAGGACGGGUUCCUCAUGGAGUGGGAGGCGGCCGGCGUCGGCGACUGUGCCGCCUGCAACGCGAGCGGCGGGCAGUGCCAGUACAACAACACCGUAGCGGCGUUCCGGUGCCUCUGCCCCGACGAGUCCCCUAGCUCCCACGCGGACUUCAAGUUGUGCUGCUAA